AUGCCUAGUGAGCAUAACUCUCAGCGACAGCGAAAAACUAAGGCCAAAGUCCCGAAGCCACCGCAAGGUUCUGGCCUCAAUCCAUCGGGCGAACCAGCAACUGACCAACUCUAUAUCCCCACUGAACAGCCACAGAUGUCCUCUUUCGACUUCGAUGCCCAUGCGGCCCCUGGAGGUUGGCAGGGCAGUAACAACGAUAGCGCACUUCCCACCCCAAUGCCAAGUAGCAGCUCCCUGCAUAGCUGGAGCAUGCAGGGCGCCAACACCGAUAGUCGCUUAUCUUACGGCCAUUCCUACGACACUUUGUCUUUGGAGCACGCCGGCACCGACUUCGAUGACGAUCACCCCCCUUACAACUCCAACCCUCAAUUUUAUGACACUGCGUCCAUGGAAGCACCCUCCCAGGGCGCUUCCUUCAACUACCUAUCUCACGGCUCCUACCACAAUCAGACGGCGGGCCCCUCUUACAAUACUGCGUCCAUGGAAGCGCCCUCCCAGGGCGCUUACCCACCUCAAGGAUCCUCUCAAGGCACUGCCGCCGGCACAAGUGCAACUGAUGCGACGCCCAUACAACAAGGCGACAUUCCACGCACGGAUGUGAUGCAUGUAAACGGUGGGCCCGGCAAGGGAGCCAAAGCGGCGAGGCCAACAAUGAGCUAUGCCACCUACACCACGCUUGAUCCCCUACCCAGCCACGCGCCCACAAGGCGCUUCCGAAUCCGCUCCCACAGCCUCAGCCUCAGUCUCAGCCUCAGCCUCAGCCUCAGCCUCCACCUCGCAACCUAUGUCCUCAAUACCAUGAAAACGGCAACGCGGCUGGUCACGCGCGAGCUAUUCAAGGAGCAAGCGAUGGCGAUCAACAAAGCCGCCAAGAAGAUAAUGCUGAAUCGAGUCAUCCGGGACUCCGUCCCACGUUGUUUUGGACCUAAUGCGACAUUUCAGGAAUUCAUUACUAACAAACAUCGCAAAGAAGUCGCGAAUGCGCUGUCGUCCACGCGCGGGAAGCUCGUCGAAUUCGCGCGGGACGGCGUCUUCCACGCGUACAGACUUUUCCCUCCGCGGUACAGUAACACGCCUGCUGUCGUCUUUCGCAAACGCAUGAUCGAAAAGAUCACGCAUGAUGCGGACGGACUCGUUUUCAUGCAUAUCUACACUUUUGACCAACCUAACCCCUCUUUUUUUUCAGAAUGGACGCGUCAAAAUCAAGGCGAAGUUUCAAACUUCUUCAUCAUGGCCAACGUGAUCCGCUUCACUUGGUCUCACUUACGCCAUGAGUUUCUCGGCGAGACGGAAGAAGAACAGCUCAAACGUUUGAAGGUGAUCUGGGCGCUCGCCGGCGCAGCGACGUUCUGCGGCCUAGAUGAGCAGCUUGAGGAUGAGUUGAAGGUUGAGUCUUUCGGGGAGAUGGUCGUCAAUCAUAAAUUCCUUUCUAUUCUAGCCGCCAUCAACAACCUCACUGGGGACGAGCAAGUAGAAUUCGACGACUUUUUACGGUACGUGUUGGUAGUUGGACCCUCACAAGCGCGCUCGUAA